AUGAAUCUGCAAAAUUAUCGAGAACUGGAUUUCUGUCUGGUGUGGGCGAAAAUAGACAACGAACCGUGGUGGCCAGGAAUUGUUAUCCCUGGUCAGGUUUGCAGAAAUACAGAAUCUGGGUAUGUCUGGAUAUUUUGGAACUCUGAAAGAAAUGUUUCUCAGGUGGAAGCAUCACAAGCUAUUGAUUUUUGGGAAAAUUUUGCACGUUUUCAUGAUCCUAGUUUGCUAGAUGAAGGGUACCUUGAAGACAACAUUACCAACAUUAAAGUAUUUAUUCUGAUGGAUUUAUUUCAUCUACAGUGUCAUGCUUGGCAAAAAGGCUACAGAAUUCAGUCAUGGAGUAAUGACAAUGUCCUCUCUUGGGCAAGAAACGGUUUUCCAUCAUUGACACGACUGACCAAAGAAACAAGAGAGCUACCCCAGAAUAUUAUGGAAGUUGUUAUUGAUGCAGGAAAGGGUCUUUAUUCUGUACCCACAUGUAGAGAUUAUUUAGUUAAAAAUGACCCAGAUGAAGGAAAACUUGUGGCUACAAACAUGCCAGAGAAGCCACCUUGGAGUGAUUUCCAGAGGCGCAAUGCAGAAAGAUACAAGCAGGGUGAAAACAUUUGUGUUGCCUGCAUGGGACCACCAGAAAAUUCUGAUGAACAUCCAUUGUUUGAUGCAGUGAUUUGUACUGAAUGUAAGGUUUUGCAUAUGUUUUCUCCAUCUGUGAUAGACACAUUGUGUAUACCAACUCAGACAAUAUGCUGCAAGAAACAGAUUAGAGUUCUGUCACUCUUUGAUGGCAUUGGCACAGGUUUAUUUGUACUAAAGGAGGAAUUAUUGCUCCCAGUAACAAAAUAUUUUGCAAGUGAAAUAAAUCAUCAUGCCAAGAAGAUAACUGACAAAAAUUUCCCUGGCCAAAUUACACAUCUGGGUGAUGUCAGACACAUAACUGAAGACUGCAUAAGCAAAAUUUUGGCAGAUGGUCCUAUUGAUCUUCUGAUUGGAGGAUCGCCAUGCAAUGAUUUGAGUUUAGUAAAUCAUUUACGAAAAGGACUGUAUGCACUAGAUGUGUAA